CUCAAAGAAAUGUGCUAGUCUGCAAGCCACCAUCAACAAUACUUUACUGCCCCGCAGGCGCUCGAGGACCGAGGUGAAGGGAACUCAAACACCCGUGAAUUCCCUUGACGAUUUGACAAAGGAUUAGCUAGCUACAAGAGAUAGUAUGGACAAAGAGGAGCAGUUUGUCAACAUCGACCUAAACGACGACAACAUCUGCAGUGUCUGCAAGCUAGAGACCGACACGGGGACCAUGUCCUUCUGUCACGUCUGCUUUGAGCUCAGCAUCGAAGGUGUCUCUCAUGCCACCCUCCUGCACACCAAAUCCCUACGGGGCCACCGGGAGUGUUUUGAGAAGUACCACCUCAUUGCCAACCAGAAGCUGUCCCGCUCCAAGGUCUCCCGCAGUCCCUACGAGGGCAUGAAGCUGGCCCUUAGCCAGAAGAUCAGCCGCAUCGUGCAGUACGCCCAGAACAAAGACUCUGUCAGCUCAGAGGGGAGUCCUGGCUGCCGGGGGGGCAAGCACCAGCUCCUCUGCUACAGCCAGAAUGGAGACCGUAAACUACUGCCCCAGUUGGACGCCCAGGUACCCCGCUACACCCCACGCUGGAACCAGGGGAUGGGGGCAGAAGGGCUGCCGGACUACGCCACGGGCAUGCUGGAGUGCCACUCGGCCGAGGAGCUGGGGCUACUGGAGGACAGGCGCGGCCUCGGGGCCCUGUGGGGGGUCACAGGGAGGAGGGGCCUUCUUCACCGCAGCCACAGCCAGUCUUCUGGAGGAGACCACCAGACACUGCAUUCAAACAAUGGUCACAGCAGAGACGAGUUGAUUAAAAUGAGUGUGGACGAGCUCCACCAGCUGAAUGAGCAGCUGCUGCUACAGAUUCAAAAGGUGUUUGAGGGGCUGACAGUGGCUGUGCAGGAAAAAGACUCACUGGCAUCGGAACUGCAUGUUCGCCACAUCGCCAUCGAGCAGCUCUUCAAGAACUGUGCCAAGCUGCCCUGGCUGCAGAUCAGCCGGGCCGGGUCUGUGGUCAAGGCCAGCACUAACACCUCUGUGGAGUGAGGGGAGUCUGGGCGUACUUACCUGGCUGGUGACUGCCUCUCUCAGGGAGAUGGCUGUUUCACUCCCAGGGCUACAGACAGACAAACAGGAUGGCCACUGUGGCCCGUGCCCUUUAUAUUGUAAAAUACUUGUUGCGUGGUGUGGUUUCUCUCAGAAGAGUGAGGAAUGGACAUGGUCUCCUCUCAUCUGGUGCUCCAAUGUUUUCUGACUGCAGUACUUUGAAGAAGGGCUCAGAGAAAGGCAAUAAAAUUUAAAUAUCUUGGGAUCCACUGACUUCCGCAUGGGAACUAUGGGUUGUUGAACCUCGCUGUCGGUGGACCUGUUGCCUAUGCAGACAAAGUAUUUUUGGAAGAAUACCUAUUCAGAUUUGAUACAGAAUGACAUGAGCGAGAUCUUGUUUGAAUACUGGUAAUUUCCAAAAUAAAGGAAACACUUGAGUAAAUAAAAUAAAGUAUAUUGAAAGCAGGCAGGCAGGGCUCUAAAGUCAGAUUCGUUAGCAUCAUGGUUGCACUAUUACUACAGUGAAAACAGCUUGCUUCUAGCUCAACCAGGUCAAAAGAUCUGACCAAUUUUACCGGCACAACAUUUUUAUCUUCCUAUAGCCGAGCGGCUCGCCGGGACUGCAUUUUAGAUUCAUAAACCAUGUCGUGGGCCGUUCUAAAACUACUCAUGCGUCGACGUUGUUAACCAUUUGUUUACACUUUGUUCAGUCAUGUUACCUUGUUCGCUAGCUAGCUAACAACCUGGUAACUUUACCAGUAUAUCCAAGCAUUUGGGGGCACAGAAAGAAAGGAAAAGGGGUAGCUUCUUCAGAUCAGUGAUCAUAGCAGUGAAUGAAUGACAGAUCUCUUGCAUGUCAACAUCAUAAACCUGAUGUUUUUAAAGAGACUGUGUACAAUUUUCUAUGUAAUGCGUCUCAAUAGGAAAAUGCUGUUUUUACACAAUAUGUAGACCAUUAAUAUUCCACAAAUUACUUUAAUUUCAAUGACAGGUAUUUGUAUCAUCAGUUUAGCUUUUAUAAUAAACAAAUGCGUUUACAGUGUUCCAUAUUAGUUUCUUGGGCACAACGUGCUUCAGAAGUAGCUAGAAUUCAUAGGCAGCAUUUACACAGGCAGCCCAAUUCUGAUAUUUCUUUUCACUAAUUGGUCUUUUGACCAAUCAGAUCAGCUCUGAAAAAGAUCUGAUGUGAAAAGAUCUGAUGUGAUUGAUCAAAAGAACAACAGGUGGAAAAAAUAUCAGAAUUGGUCUGCCUGUGAAAAUGUAGCAAUAUAGGCCCAAUCCCAAUCAACUUUUCUGGUGCUCCUAAAUUUCAUUUGGUGCUUCCAACUUUAAGUUACUAAUGAAACAUUUGAAUUUAGAGCCCUGAAAGCAGGUGCUUCCACUCGUGUGGUUCCUGAGUUAAUUAAGCAAUUAACAUCCUAUCCCGUCAUGUAUAAACAUGCCCAGUUGGCCAUUACUUUGGCUACCAUGGCUAGAAAAGGGGUGUCAAAGGUGCAUAGGAGGUUUAGUGUGUGUGGGUGUGUCUGUCAGUUACCAGAAGGGUGUACUACAAAGCAUGAUCAAGGAGUUAGCCAGCUGACUUGCAUAAAUGUUCUGAAAUAACUUUCUUUUUUAGAAAGAUAAGCUUGAUAUGGGCAUUGACUAAUUGACUCAACAAUCAAGAACGCAUAUCUAAGUUUAGCUGUCUUAAUGAACCAGAAAAUCAAUCGUUGUUUAUCAGUUAUCUCAUUGAUCCUGCUUUGUAGUAUACCCCUCUGAUCUCAACCCAAUUGAAAACCUAUGGGAGAUUCUGGAGCGGCGCCUGAGACGGCCUUUUUCACCACCAUCAACAAAACACCAAAUUAUGGCACUUCUUGUGGAAGAAUGGUGUUGUAUCCAUCCAAUAGAGUUUCAGACACUUGUAGAAUCUAUGCCUAGGAGCAUAGAAGCUGUUCUGGUGGCACGUGGUGGCCCAACGCCCUAUUAAGACAUUUUAUGUUGGUAUUUCCUUUAUUUUGGCAGUUACCUGUAUCUAGCUGCAGUUUUCUUUUUACAAUGACAGUUUUCAUUUAUUGAAUUUCCUCACACUCUUUUACAUUUUGUUUUCUUUUUGUUAUUUUAAUCACACCCAUUUCCUCGCUCAAUCAGUCAACCAAAUAUUUGCUGAUGUUGCUAUGGUAUAUGUUACUUAAAGAGAGGUUAUUUUGUAUUCAGUGCAGUGAAACAUACUCUUGCGGUUUGAAUAAAUUCUGUUACGUCUAAGAGGUGGGAUUUUAAGUCCAGAGGUUACAGUUUGUUGCUUUUAUUAUUUCUCCAGUUUUUGAUUUGAAUGUCUUGUUUGUAUUUUUAUUUGUUUUGUUUUUUGUUAGUGGCAUGCUGCAAAUGCUGUUUUCUGCUAUUCUUAACUUUAAGUCCUCUUGAUUUCAACUGGUAAGGUAUUUUAUGGUAAGGCUGUUGAGCACAAGUCAUGUAGUUGAACAAGGGAGUGACAUGAAAUGUGUGCUGAUUGUAGAAAUGUGUGCUGAUUGUAGAAAAGGCCUAACUCGGUAAGCAUUAUAUUGUCCAUUUGCCAAACCAAAGCCUUUAUUUGCUUCAAAGCAGCAAAUAUCAGUAUUUAUUAUUUCACUUGUGAACUACAAAUAUAGGCCUCGCUAGACCAACUACAAUUGAUAGUGGAACGCAAUAGAAUACACUGAUACCAAAUUCACUUGAAAUGUGGCUCAAUGAUACACUUGUAACUAUAAAAUUGGUUUAGCUGUAAUGUCCUGUGUUAUGAACUGCUCAACACAAUUUGGCAGGUAGCCUAGCGGUUAAGAGCAUUGAGCCAAUAACCAAAAGGUCACUGGUUUGAAUCCCCGGGCCGACUAAGUGAAAAAUCUGUCAAUGUGCCCUUGAGCAAGGCACUUCAAAUCUAUUUUUAUUAGUCACGUGCGCCGAAUACAACAGGUGUAGACCUUAGAGUGAAAUGCUUACUUACAAGCCCCUAACCAACAAUGCAGUUUAAAACAUACAAAUAAGAAAUAAAAGUAACAAGUAAUUAAAGAGGAGCAGUAAAAUAACAAUAGCGAAACGUCUAUACAGGGGGUACCAGUACAGAGUCCAUGUGCGGGGGAACCGGUUGCUCUUGUAAAUCGCUCUGGAUAAAGAGCGACUGCUAAAUGAUGUAAAUGUGUUCUCCCCUGGUUUCACUGUCAAGUUGAUGUUAGGUUGUGUGACAGUUUAUUCAAGCAAUUAUUCGUAUAUUGGUUUAUUAUUUUGUGGUUGCGUGUUUCAAGUGUGCUUUGGUUUUUACUUGUUAUUUUAUUUUAGCUAAUCAUUUUCUGGUGGCAGGUCUAUGCUGUGUGGAGUUCAAAUUAUGUAUAAACUGCCGAAUCCGGUUUUCUCUUAAUAUGAUGUAUCCAUGGUGAAAAGAAAGCAAUAUGAUGGAAAGGCCAAAUAAUGAUUUAAUUUUACCUAUCCAGCAACAAAUGAACUAGCCUUCAUGAAUAUUUGGGACACAGAUGUAGUAAGAAAAUGGAUUUUAGUAUGUCUCUGGUCAAUACUUAGAUCUGCAUGUGAAAUUUAGGCAUACUCUGGUGGUUUGAAACAGCUGUAGAGGUUCUGAUCACUGAAGUGGACCCUCUAUCAUUGGCCCAACAAGAAUGUGUAUAUUUUGGGAAGAAAGAAACAAAUGUAGUCAGGUUGAUGUAUUUGAAUCUUCCAAUGUCACUCUCUUUAUAAGAGAUCAGGUUUGACCCCUCUGGGGUUUACAAGAAAGGUUUUAGCUCUGCUUUUAAAUCUUAUCCUGCUUUUGUUUGGAUUAAUAAAUGUGUAUUCUUCUGA